AGAAUCUAAUUAAAGUUUAAAUUGGUGUUUCAUGAUAUCACAAAUUAAGCGUCUAAUUAUUUCAUCAUGAAACAGCUGGACUGCAACAACAGCGGUGGUUAUAAAUAUUUAAAUCAAUUGCUUUCAAACCAUUUGUUCGACCGUUUUUGAGUAAUUCAUCCUUUUUGUAACCUUCUUGAAUGUUUCGCAGAAGAAAAUGGCUACAAUUCCGUGUUCUGUAAAACUGCACUGUAAGCAGAAUUGUAGAAAAAAUGAUACCAUACUUGAAUCAUCGUCACGUGCUCGUGGUGUCCAGCUUAUCUUUUGCUUCACUGUAGAUGCAUUGUUCCACGAAGCGGGAAAGAAAUUCAACUUCUCGCUGUUUGUCAAAAAAACAAUAAAACAAAAAAGCAAACAGUUUGUAAAAACACCAACAACAGAACAGGGCACUCAUAAAAAUGCAAAUUCUACUAGAAGUGUGUGUCGAUACAUUCGAAUCUGCCGUUGCAGCGAUUCAGGGUGGCGCCGACCGUAUAGAGCUCUGCUCUGCGCUGAGCGAAGGUGGCCUGACGCCAUCGGUGGGACUGUUGCGAGAAAUAAAGCAAUACCUUGCAGCGGAAUACGCAGCACCAUUGCUAAGCGGUCGUCCAACGAUCUUCCCCGUGUACUGCAUGAUACGGUGCCGAAGGGGUAGUGAUUUUUGCUACUCCGCGCAGGAAAUGAACGCAAUGCUGUGGGAUAUGCGGCUGUUGAAACAGAACGGUGCCGAUGGGUUCGUGUUCGGCGCACUGGAUCCAUCAUCAUCCGGCCGCGUGCAUCGACAACACUGCGAACAAGUGGUUGUGGCGGCGGGAGAGCUGCCGCUAACCUUUCACCGUGCCAUUGACUGCACGGAGGAGGGCGCACUGGGCGAGAAUCUAAAACUGAUAGCUGAGCUGGGCUUUUCGACCGUUUUGACGAGUGGAUUGAAACCGACGGCAGAGCAAGGGAUGGAAACGAUCACUAAAAUGAAGGAAAUAGCAGAUCAGCUCACCGGUAAAUCGCUUCGGGUGAUGCCCGGUUCGGGAGUAUCGACGCAAAAUGCACGGCAAAUACUGCAACGUACCGGAUGCGAUGCAAUACACGGAUCGGCAAGCAUAACGAAACCGGCGGGAGGUCAUCAAACAGGAACCAUAUCGAUGGGUGGAAGCAAUGUCGAUGCUAUGCCAUUGAAGGUGUGCAGUAAAGCAAAGGUGCAAGAGUUGCGCCAGUUGAUCGAUAGCUUAGUGUAGGAAAAUAAAGCAUUACCCUUACCUCUGGAAUGGGUGCCUGGGAGGUAGCUGA